AUGAAGGCAACAAUUUUCUGCAGCGCUACCCUCUUUUCCUUGGCAGCUUUUGCCUUCCCAGCCAACCUUCUUAACAACAUCAACAAGGAUAUCGGUGCUGAGCAGCUUGCGGAGAUCACCGAGUUGGCGGCAAAGAUCUCAAGGGAGGUAGAGACGAAGCGACAACUCGGCGCUAACAUCUUACCACCUGGAUUUGAUGCAAAGGCUCAGCUCGUUAGCACAACUGGUGACCACAAAUACAUCGCACCAGGUAUGGGAGACCUCCGUGGACCUUGCCCGGGUCUGAACGUUAUGGCAAAUCAUGGCUACCUCCCCCGAAAUGGAAUCGCAUCCAUCACGCAGUUGACAAUGGCCUCAAAUGAAGUGUUUGGUAUGGGGAUUGAUCUCUCUGGCUUCCUGUCAGUCCUUGCUACUGUCAUGGGCGGCGACAUCACUUCAGUUUCCAUCGGUGGCAAGCCAAAAAGUGGUGGACUAAUUGGCGGACUUACUGCCAGUCUUGGUAUGCUUGGAGUGCCGCAAGGGCUGAGUGCGACACACAACCGCUUCGAGGCUGACUGCUCUCCUACGCGAGGCGAUGUCUAUAAGACUGGUGACCCAGUAUCCCUCAACCUACCCCUGUUUGAGCAACUCAUGGCCAUGCCCCUCGGUCCCAACGGUUACGACCUCACAGUCAUGCAUCCCUUCCGCGGCAAGCGGUACAAGGACUCUGUUGCCACCAACGGACACUACUGGGCCGGACCUGUGACACACUUCGCAAUCAACACUGCGACAUAUCUUUUCACCUACCACUUCUUCGCCAACCACUCCGCAGAGUACCCAGAAGGCUACCUCGAUGGAGAGACACUCAAAUCGUUUGAAGGUGUGACUGGGCAGAAAGGAAGCUUCAAGUGGGCUUCGGGACGUGAGAGGAUUCCUGAGAACUGGUACCGCCGCGCUAUCGGUGACGAUUACGGAAUCACGGGCUUCACCCUUGACGCCGUAGGUGCACUCCAGGCACUCCCAUACAUGGCUGUCAUUGGUGGCAAUACCGGCAAGCCCAACACCUUCACUGGUGUCAACAUCGCGGACCUUACGGGCGGCGUCUACAAUGCCAAGACCCUGCUCGAGGGCAACAACCUUAUGUGCUUUGCCUUCCAAGCCGUCAACUCAGCUGGCCCGAAUAUCCUCAAGGGUCUACUCGGAAACGUUCUGCUUGCUGUGCAGAAGUUGACGGAUGCCUUGAACCCAAUCGUUGCGCAGCUUGGGUGCCCAAAACUUGCCAAGUACGACAAGUCCUUGCUUGCGAAGUUCCCCGGAGCUGGGGCUGCAAUCUAG